AUGACAACCAAAUCCAAGAGUAGAGCUCUAGAUGGCAAGGCUUGUUCAUCUCCAUUCCUGUCGUCUCCACAUCACCAGCGCCUGAUCACCAAAGAUGGACGUUGUGUGCUUCAGUCUCCUUCGGGCUCAUGGUGUGAGUCCUUGUGCAGAGCCUGGAUUCUGGCUCUACAGGACCCGUGGGGACUGCUGGUGAAUCUUCGCUGGAGGUGGACCCUUCUGGCCUUCUGCAGUUCCUUCCUGGCCCACUGGCUGUUUUUUGCCUGUCUCUGGUACUUGUUGGCCCAUCUCAAUGGAGACCUUGAUGUGCAGGAUCACGAUGCCCCACCAGAAGGCCAUGUAGUCUGUGUAAAGUACAUUACAAGCUUCACUGCUGCCUUUUCCUUCUCCUUGGAGACACAGCUAACCAUCGGUUAUGGCACCAUGUAUCCCAGUGGAGAAUGUCCCAGUGGCAUAGCACUGCUGGCUGUACAGAUGCUGCUGGGUCUCAUGCUGGAAGCAUUUAUCACAGGUGCAUUUGUAGCCAAGAUUGCACGCCCCCAGAAGCGAGCUGCUGCCAUCCAGUUCAGCAGCCGAGCGGUGGUAGGCCAACACCUGGGUCAGACAUGCCUCAUGAUUCGAGCCACCAAUGUGCUGCAGAGACCUCUGGUUGACGUAAAGGUGAGUGCUGUGCUUUACGCGGAGCGUGAAGGUCAGGCUCUGCACCAGACCUCUCUGGGCUUCUAUUUAGAUGAUUUGGGCCAGCAGGCAUGCCCCUUCUUCAUGUUCCCACUCACCUUUUACCACCCCCUGGAUCAUCAGAGCCCCCUCUACCCUGCACUUUGUGAGGGCUCCUCCACCCACUUUGAGUUGGUGGUCUUUCUGUCAGCCUUUCAGGAGGGAACUGGGGACUCCUGCAAGAAAAGAACCUCCUACCUGCGCCAAGAAAUCGAGUUCAACUGCCGCUUUGUCCCUGCUUUGGGGUUCGAUUCCCAAGGGAGGUACACAGUGAGCACCCAGCACUUUAGCACAGCCUCUUCAAAUGAGCCUAUGAACAAGGACUGUGUGGGGCAGACCAAUAGUGAUGACUGCAACAGGAUGGAGUCAGGAUGCUGA